CAGCCCAGGGGAAAAAAUUUCCACUUCUUCCUCUGAUCGUUUUUAAGGUGAUGAAAGAGGCUAUGAUGAAGCCGGCAAGAAAAAGGCAACUCUGAAUGGCGAUGCCACAGUGCAAAAUCCAGAAUGGAUGUCCUCUUCGUAGCCAUCCUUGUGGUGCCACUUAUCUUGGGUCAAGAAUAUGAGGGUGAAGAGGGACUGGUAGAGGAUGAAUAUUAUCAGGUGAUAUAUUAUUACACUGUCACCCCUACUUACGAGGACUUUAUUGUAAAUUUCACCAUUGAUUACUCCAUAUUUGAAUCAGAGGACAGAUUGAGCAAUUUGGAUAAACAGACAACAACAAAAGCAACAGAGACCACCAUUAGUCCUCAAACACAACCAGAAAACACUCAGAAUCCUGUAACCACGAAACCACCAACAAUGGAUACGAAACCACCAACAAUGGAUACGAAACCACCAACAAUGGAUACGAAACCGCCAACAAUGGAAACAAGUCCAGCCCUGAAUGCUGCUGUGUCCAGCCUGCAGAGUCCUGGUCCCAUUCUCCUCGUGGGGGUCCUCUUCCAGGGCGGGAUGUGUGUCCUGUAGAAGGUGAGAGGAAGCCAAUUCAACUCUGUAGACGGGGGCUUCACAAGAGGAAAUUGGAAGAUAAAAUAAAAAAUAAGUGAAAUAAGCCAGGCACGGUGGCAUAUGCCUGCCUGUAA